AAUGAUUGUACUGACCAAGCAAAAUGUUUCCUUCCACAGGAGUUCGACAGCGGUGAAUACUACUGUAGCUAUAUCACUACACAGAGACAACAGUUUCACAGGGAAGUGACCAGCAUUUUGUUCCGUGGAAAGCAGAAGAAGGCCAUUUUCGGUCAAAGAUAUCCGUUGAAAAAGUCGCUUUGGUUUGGCGUGGAUGUCUCAGCAGAUGUUGGAGAAGUAAUUCAUUCCCGCUGCAUUGUUUGGACUACGAACCCGGAGAACAGGGUGCUGAUGCGAUUCGGCUUCAGUUCAGGUCAGCAGAGCAUACUUCCCAACCAAACCAUACGGUCGUUUGCGGAGCAGCGGACAAUUGUAACCCAUAUGGCUGAGCAGUACUACACGGUCGCAUUUGGUGACCAGGCACUAGCGCGUCAAUGCCAUGCGGCAGAUCAAUACAUGAACCAGAGCAAACGCCUUUCGGUACCAUCAGUCACAUGUGUUGUACCUGAUCUAUACUGGGAACCUUCCGGUCUGUCCAAUUACGAACGCACAAUGAACCUAACAUGUCGAACUACUUCAGGAUGUGCAAGUGCCGUGUUCCGCUGGAACUGGGUCGCGGGUCCAAUCCCACAACUGCCGUCGGCGGUAACUCAAGGUGACCGCCUUGGUAUGAUCAAAGGCCCUACUUUAUACUUGGCUUCACUCGGUCGUUCCGGUGCCUAUGUGUUUCGCUGCACAGUGACCUGCGCAUGCGUCUCCACUACGCAAAGCAAUUCAAUACUGGUGUCAUUUUUCAUGCACGUCCGUGAAGUUGAUCGCCUCAGUCCCGCAGAAGAUGUGUCACCCGAUUUAAUGGACACAAAAUCGAGUGAAGAUGACUUGGCACGCAGCUUGGAGCAGGAAUAUUGGGAGAAAUAUGGCAAAGAGGAUGUUGCAGACUAUGGUGUCCACAAAGCAGAACAACCCCAAAUUCGUCGUGAUGAGGCCGGAUCUGAUGAAUUAACCAGACCAGCUGGUCCAGCUGAAGCAGGGUUCCUACCCCCAUCGCUGAUUCCCAAUGAACUACAGCAAAUGAAGCCGUCUCAUGUGACUGACGAACUUGAUGUACUGAGAUCCAGAACGUCAGAUUACGCUGAGCUACGCGACCAACUGUUCCCAGAUAUCCUGAGAAGAUUCACGGAAUCCGAUUUUUAUGGCGAUUCGACACCUCCGCUGGUAUCUAGGUUGGUCGGAGAUCGUCCAGAUGCCCAACAAGAAAGGGGAAAAUAUCGUGAAGCAGCGAGGAGACGAGCUUAUCAACAAGUGCCAGAACUACACCAGUACCAGCAAACUUAUCCGAUCACCAGCCCUGGUGCAUUCGACACACCAACACGUAGUAUCUACGAACCAGAAAUAUCGAAAGCCAAAGAUGGAUUCGAACUGAGGCGACAAGAUUAUUCUUACGUGGCAAAACCGUAUGGGGAUGCACUGAGUGAUGGUCUAGACAUACAUCCCAGCAUUCAACAUCCAGCGGAAAGAGACAAAACAAUCAUUGGACGUAUAGAUGAACUCCCGAUAGAUAGGCGGUCCCCGCUCGGGUCCUUUGAAUUCAUUGGGGAUACAGAAAUAGGAUUGUUGGAU